UUCCGAUUUAGCGAUUGGCUGAACUCGGAUGAAACUAUUUAAUUUUGAAAUACUACACAGUCCGCACGAAAGAACGCCAGCAAUCAAACAAUUUGUUUUUGUUAAAAUUAGCUAGCCAUCUACAAGAUAACUGUUCGAGAGAAAUCCGAGAGCAAAGAUUUGUUGCCGUUGGCAGGAUUUUGAGUGUUCUGCAAACAUGGCUUCGAACAACUUGUUCAAUGUUGCCAAAAAGGAUGAGAAGGGGAGAAAUAUUCAAGUCGUUGUGAGAUGCAGACCCUUCAACAACGCGGAACGCAAGUCUGCCUCCCAUGGAGUUAUUGAUACGGUUGAAAACAGAAAAGAGAUCAAUGUGCGAACGGGAGGGAUUGGCGACAAGGCGGCUAGGAAAAUGUACACUUUUGAUAUGGUUUUUGGUCCAGCUGCAAAGCAAAUUGACGUCUACAAGAGUGUUGUCUGUCCCAUUUUGGAUGAAGUGAUAAGUGGAUACAACUGUACAGUUUUUGCAUAUGGCCAAACUGGAACAGGGAAGACCUUCACAAUGGAAGGAGAAAGAUCCCCGAAUGAAGAAUUUACAUGGGAAGAGGACCCUCUUGCUGGUAUCAUUCCCCGGACUCUUCAUCAGAUAUUUGAGAAGCUGUCUGAGAAUGGGACAGAGUUUUCUGUCAAGGUUUCCUUGCUGGAGAUUUACAAUGAAGAGCUGUUUGACCUGCUAAGUCCUUGUCCCGAUGUCACUGAACGCCUUCAAUUGUUUGAUGAUCCACGUAAUAAGAGGGGUGUCAUCAUCAAGGGCCUGGAGGAAAUCACAGUACACAACAAAAAUGAGGUUUACCAGAUUCUGGAGCGUGGAUCUGCCAAGAGAAAAACUGCCUCCACUCUUAUAAAUGCCUACUCCAGCCGCUCUCACUCUGUAUUCUCUGUCACGAUUCAUAUGAAGGAAAUCACCAUUGAAGGAGAGGAACUGGUCAAGAUUGGAAAACUGAAUUUGGUGGACCUUGCUGGCAGUGAGAACAUCGGCCGAUCGGGGGCUGUGGACAAGCGGGCGCGCGAGGCCGGCAACAUCAACCAGUCUCUGCUGACACUGGGCAGGGUGAUCACUGCACUGGUGGAGAAGAGGCCCCACGUGCCCUACAGGGAGUCCAAACUCACCCGUAUCCUCCAGGACUCACUGGGAGGCCGUACCAAGACCUCCAUCAUCGCCACCGUUUCCCCAGCCUCAAUCAACCUGGAGGAAACUCUGAGCACGCUGGAAUAUGCCAACAGGGCCAAGAACAUCAUGAACAAGCCUGAGGUGAACCAGAAGUUGACAAAGAGAACUCUUAUCAAGGAAUACACAGAGGAAAUUGAGCGUCUAAAACGGGAUUUGGCUGCCACUCGCGACAAGAAUGGAGUGUAUUUGUCGUCUGAGAACUAUGAGAGCAUGGCGGGCGUGAUAUCUUCCCAAGAGGAGCAUAUAACCGAAUACACCGAGAAGAUUGCAUCAGUGGAGGAGGAGCUGAAGAGAGUCUUUGAGCUGUUUGAGGAUAGCAAGGAUAAACUGGACCAGUGCCUCAAUGAUUUGGAGGAUAAGAACCAUAAGCUGGAGGAGACUCACAAGGACCUGCAGGAGACUAAGCAAAAGCUCACUGAGGAGGCGUUUAUAGUGUCUGAGCUGGCCACCACUGAGGAGAAACUGUACACCACUGCAGACAAGUUGCUAACAACUGUUGAUGUGAGCACCAAAGACGUAUCUGACCUGCAUGCUAAGCUAGAGAGGAAGAAGAAAGUUGAGGAGCACAACUCUGAAAUCCAGAUUAGUUUUACCGACCACAUGGAUGCUAUGUUCAGCCAGAUGCAGAACUCUGUGGAAGACCAGCGCAACAAGCACCAGAGCAUGCUGGACUCCUACAAAACCUCAGUUGAGGGUCUUCUUACAGUCAACGACAAAGCCUUCAAAUGUGCCAUGGCAACUGUUACCGCGGCCUUCUGCGGCAUCAAUAAUCUGUUUACUGAUGGCAUGACCAAGUGUCAGGCUAAAUUGAUGGCGCAAGAGACUCUGUGUGCGGAGGCCAAAAACACUCUGCACCAGGUUUUGGAGGAGCACAAGUUGGAGCUUGAGGAGGUCCUGGAGGCCCAGAUGUUGCCUGGUUUCAGUGCCAUCAUGGCCAUGAAUGACAGCCUGAAGAAGACACUGGGGAGCCACCAUGCCCUGGCAGCUAAGAUGGCGUCCAUGAAGGUGGAAAUGACGUCGUUCUUCAGUGGCCAUGCCCAGGACCUGGCUGCCCUGAGGGAGACUGCCUCAGCAGGUCUCGGCUCCCUAAAGACUGAGCACAACAACCUGAAGAAACAGAUCAGCAGAGCAGACGAGGAGCAUCAGACGGUACGGCCUGGGAUCGAUUUGGAGUGGUCUAUCACCCUCUGCAAUCAUCUGAAAAAACAAGAUGUCAAAGGCAUGACCCAAGUGAUCCAGUGUCUGCAGAACCAGCUCAACCUCCUGGCCAUGGAGACCCAGAAUAACUACGCCGGCCUGAUGAGUGCCUCCGACGCCCUGCAGGUCCCUGUCCAGUCCCUUCAGCAGACCCUGCAAACGAGAUGUAGUGCAGCUGAGAACCAGACCGCAGCCCAAAAGGAGCGUCUAGCGUCCUCCACCGCCAGCCUUAUCUCGGAGGUCCAGCAGACUGCCCAGGAGGCUCAGCAUACGGUGGAGGAGUGCUCCGUCUACUGCAGCCACCUGCACAGCUCUCUGACCCAGCUGUGUGAGAGGAGUCUGCAAUGGUGUGCCUCUACCAAGGACUGCACUGACUCCCAUGCUCAGCUCACCCUGAUGAGGGAGAACACCGCCUCUGCUCAGACCCUGCUACAGAGGGUGGAGCAGAGCUGUGAGGAGAGGGUCCAGGAGGUGAGUGGUCAACUGACGCAGCAGCAAGGGCUUCUGGAGGAGGGUCUGAGCGCCUUGAAGGAGCAGACAUCACUGGACCAGAACACUCUGGAACACCACUACAUAGAACUCAAGGCCCACAUGGAGGGUGGUGUGGUCAGUGUCCACAAUUUCCUCAGCGAGCAGCUCAAAGAGGAUGUCCCAACUGGUACAACUCCUCAGAGGAGGGAGUUUGUGUACCCAUGUCUCCUGGCCAAGUCGAAGAGCAGAGCUGAACUGCUGGACAGCUUCCGCCACCAGCAGGAGGAGCUGCAGGCCACCCUGUUCCAGUGUGACACAGUAGAGGAGGAGAAGCAGGUUGAUCAGGACUCUCUGGAGGACGAGUUGAGCGGCUACAACGACAGCUAUGUCACUGAGCCAUCUUAUAUCGACGAAAACCUCAUGUGCUAUGAGAAUGGACGAGUGCCAUUCUUCAAGCAAAAGGCAUGCAAGAAGGAAAACAAAUUCCUCAAUCGUUCCAAGAUGGCAGAAAAUGACACUCACGAUACCCCACUCAGGUCCAAAUUACCACUCGGGUGUCAGAACUAGUAGAAUGUGACUUUCCUUUUACCUGUUUUUAAUAUUUUCUUAUUCUGUUCUGUUGGUAAUGUUUUAUUUUCCUAUUAUGCAGUCUUAAAAGGAUUGACUGACAUGAAUGAGCUAGAACAUUUAACUAAUGUUCAUUUGUCUGUAUUAAACAUAUUUUUAAAGAU